AUGGCUGGAAACGAACCCGAUUGGAGUAGACUUUGUAAAGAACUUUUCUUCUCCAUUGUCAAACUUCGAACUCAGGAUGUGGUGUCUACUUCUGCAAAUGGGAAGAAGUUUUGUCUCGUCUUGGAUGAUGUGUGGUCUGAAAGUCAUGUUAAUUGGAAUGAUUUGAGGGAAUUAUUGAUAAAUUGUGCUACUGGAAGUGAAACUGUGGUUACUACAUGUAGUAAUCAAGUUGCCUCAAUAAUAGGCACUGUUCCUGCAUAUGUCUUGAAAGGUCUUUCUCCUGAGGAUUUUAUGCCGUCGUUUGUGAAAUCGGCUUUUAAAGAAGGGGUAGUGAGAACUUUAGGGAGCGUACUUUAUCAAAAUAUAUGUAAGCAUGAUUGGAUGUUGAUAAAAGAUUCUGACAAAUUGAGGCUACUAGAACAGGGGACAGGUUACAUCCUGCCAUGUUGA